CCGGCGCGGGCGGCCAUGGAGGGCAGCGGGCCCCGGGUGGUGGCGGUGGGCGCGGGGCUGGCGGGGCUGGGGGCGGCCCAGCGGCUCCGCGGACACGGCUCCCUCCGCCUGCUGGAGGCGGCGGCCCGCGCCGGCGGCCGCGUCUGCACCCGCCCCUUCGCGUCGGGGCUGGCGGAGAUGGGGGCACACUGGAUCCACGGCCCCUCGCCGGGAAAUCCCGUGUUCUGCCUGGCCUCCCGCUACGGCCUGCUGGGCCCGGAGGCCGCCCGGGAGGAGAACCAGCAGGUGGAGGCGGGGGGCCACCCCCCGCUGCCGUCCGUCACCUACGGCAGCUCGGGGAAGGUGCUGAAUCCCAAGGCAGUGCGCGAAGCCCGCGACCUCUUCUACGCCCUCCUGGCCUCCACCCGCGCUUUCCAGGGCUCCAAGGAGCCGCCGUGGCCCAGCGUGGGCCAGUACGUGCGGGCAGAGAUCGCCCGGACGGUGCCCACCAUGGCGGGGGGCCAGGAGGAUGCACGACGGCUGCAGCUGGCCGUGCUCGCCGCCUGCCUCAAGCUGGAGUGCUGCAUCAGCGGGACCCACAGCAUGGACCUGGUGGGGUUGGAGCCCUUCGGGGAGUACGUGUCGCUGCCCGGCCUGGACUGCACCUUCCCAGGUGGCUACAGCAGCUUGGCCGAGCGCCUGCUCUCGGAUCUGCCCGAGGGCACCGUCCUGUUCAACAAGGCGGUGAGGACCAUCCACUGGCAAGGGUCCUUCCGUGAGGAAGGCAGCAAUGGCAGCAGGGUUUUCCCAGUCCGGGUGGAGUGCGAGGAUGGAGAUGUCUUCCUUGCUGAUCACGUCAUCAUCACUGUCCCGCUGGGUUUCCUCAAGGAACGCCACCAGGAAUUCUUCCAGCCCCCCCUUCCCGAGCGGAAAGCACAGGCCGUUUGCAACCUGGGCUUUGGCACCAACAACAAGAUCUUCCUGGAGUUCGAGCAGCCUUUCUGGGAGCCUGAGCAGCAGCUCCUGGAAGUGGUGUGGGAGGACGAGUCGCCCCUGGAGGAGCCUGACGCUGACCUGGAGGCCAACUGGUUCAAGAAGCUCAUCGGAUUCGUGGUGCUGCAGCCGCCAGAGCAGCACGGGCACGUCCUGUGCGGCUUCAUCGCGGGGAAGGAGUCGGAGCACAUGGAGACGCUGAGCGACGCCGAGGUGCUCAGCGCCAUGACCCACGUCCUGCGCACGAUGACAGCCCCUGCAGCUCCUCUUCGCCGGCGAGGCCACGCACCGCACCUUCUACUCCACCACCCACGGGGCGCUGCUGUCGGGGUGGCGAGAGGCCGAGCGGCUCAACCAGCUCUUCGAGGCGCCCGUCCCCGCGCCUCAGUCCUGAGGCGGCAAAAUAAACCGUGGUGCUUUGCCCUUCGGUCUCCUUUAUUGAGAAACCUCCACGCCGGCGGCUUCUUCCUCUCCGUGGCGGGGUGGGUGCGGCGGGGCUGGCUCCAGGGAGCGGGGACUGCGCUGUUGGUUUAAUACCAGUUGGUGCUGGAGAUGGUGUAGCGGGGAUCGUCCAGCGGGUCCUGCGUCGGGCCUGGCCGCGGGGGAG